GCUGACAUGUGACGUGGGAGGGAGAGAAGCAAAACCUGGGAACAAGCAGCACGAACGAGUUGGAAAGAUUUAUCAGUUCGCCCUGCUUAUCAGGAUCUGAUAUGGCAAAAUGUGUCAAAUAAGUCAUUUGUUUUGAGCGCAGCUGUUUAUCAGCUUGGUGUUUCACGAAGGCCCCGAAUCAAAGUUUGGAUUCGCGAUGUGACGUUAGCGCCUGCUGCUAGCUAACUCCUGCCGCUGACUUCAACUUGUCAACAGGCUUUACUGGGACUUUUCGCUACGUGUUUAUUUCAGUCGGCGGGACAGAGUCUCGUGGAGUACUGAAUCAACAGCACUCUUGGGAGUUACUCUAUUUUCAGUUGAGGAGUUAUGAUGGCGACAUGACAGGAGGGGAGCAGCUGAGCCAGCUUGAACAUUAACCAUGGAAGUGUUUCAGCAAACUGCCACACAGCAACAUGAAAGGGUAAAUGGCUACUUUGAGCCAACAUCCCCACAAGACACAGCGGAUGUUCGGUGGAUGGCACCAGAGGGAGAGUCUGGCGGUUCAGACUGCUGUGGGCGGACAAGUGUGUCAGAACAAACGGAUCUACAAGAAAUGAAGGCUGGGGACAGUGAGGAUGAGGAGAACAAGGAGGAGAAUGAGGUAGUGUCUACCGCUGAUGUACUGAAAAUAAACCAGCACAAGAAAGAGACUGAGAGUUUGGACCAGGAGGAGAAUGAUGACAUCCAACAAAACAGCGCAGCACCCAGUUAUACAGAUCUGUCCCUCACCUCAUCACCAUCUCUGUCAGAACAGCUGCGUCUUGGUCGAGAAGACAUUACCGGGUCUGCAAUCAGUGUGGAGUGUAAAGUUUGCGGUGACAAGGCCUCUGGCUUUCAUUACGGGGUGCAUGCCUGCGAGGGUUGCAAGGGCUUUUUUCGACGAACUGUGCGGAUGAAACUAGAAUAUGACCGCUGUGAACGUUCCUGUAAGAUUCAGAAGAAGAAUCGCAACAAGUGCCAAUAUUGCCGCUUCCAGAAGUGCCUGUCUUUGGGAAUGUCUCAUGAUGCUAUCCGAUAUGGACGUAUGCCUGAGGCAGAGAGGAAGAAGCUUGUGGCUGGUUUGCUUGCAGAGGAAUUGAAUCUCUGCAAACCUGGUGGCUCAGACCUGAAGAGCUUGGCCAAACAAGUCAACACAGCUUACCUGAAAAAUUUGAGUAUGACCAAGAAGAGGGCCCGCAGCAUCCUGAUGGGCAAAACCAGCAGCACCUCGCCAUUUGUGAUCUAUGAUAUGGACACACUCUGGCAGGCAGAAAGCGGUUUGGUAUGGAGCCAGUUAGUCCCUGGGGCACCCCUGACCAAGGAGAUCGGGGUACAUGUGUUCUACCGCUGCCAGUGCACCACGGUGGAGACAGUGAGAGAGCUUACAGAGUUUGCUAAGUGCAUUCCAGGGUUUGUGGACCUCUUCCUUAAUGACCAGGUGACUUUACUAAAAUAUGGUGUGCAUGAGGCUAUUUUUGCCAUGUUACCCUCCCUCAUGAACAAAGAUGGACUGUUGGUGGCAAAUGGUAAAGGCUUCGUGACCAGAGAGUUCCUGCGGAGCUUAAGGAAGCCUUUCAAUGAGAUUAUGGAACCCAAGUUUGAGUUUGCUGUCAAGUUCAAUGCCCUGGAGUUGGAUGACAGUGACCUGGCCCUGUUUGUUGCUGCAAUUAUUCUCUGUGGAGAUCGUCCUGGACUAAUGAACGUAAAGCAGGUGGAGCAGAGUCAGGAGAACAUCCUCCAGGCUCUGGACCUCCACCUCCACGUUAACCACUCUGACUCUGUCUACCUCUUCCCCAAGCUGCUGCAGAAGAUGGCUGACCUCCGUCAGCUUGUUACUGAGAAUGCGCAGCUUGUCCAAAAGAUCAAAAAGACUGAGUCGGAGACCUCACUGCACCCUCUACUACAGGAGAUCUACAAAGACAUGUAUUAAAUCUCCAGUGCAGAUACUGUUACAGGCUGAGUGUACAUUUGUAAUGCACUGCAACAUGCAAGCACUGUUCCUGUGUUUGGGCAUGAAUUUUAAGGUGCAGAUCAGGCACAGUCAUGUGGAAGGGCUAACAGUCUUUUCAAUGUCAGCAUUACUUUCAGCACAGUAACGUUGGUGUGCAUUUUUUUUGCAAGAUGAGCAUCUGGAAUCAUUUGCUGCACAGUGGACUUUCCCAUAACAGUAACUUAAAGCGUGAGAGUGAUAUGUUUUCUUACCAGUGCUGCUCCCAUUGUUU